AUGGCAGCCUCACCUCCUAUCAUCUCAGUGCACACUCCCUCGUCGUCGUUUGCCAUAGUACACAAUACAACACAGGAGACUCUGACAGAGCUCUUUAACAAGCUCAGCCGAAAGCACAGCACCGAGUUCUAUGGCAAGCGUGUUGGACCAGGCUGGCUAAAGUACGAAUGGAACGACACCAUCUGGAGCUUGGACGAUGACUCGGACUAUACGAUUUUCAACUGGAGGAACAAAGACUCCUCUGCACCCAACACAUUACACUUGCGUGACCCUAACGCACCCCUCCCGGCCGAUUCCUCUUACCGUAACCCCGCGUUCUACCUCCAUCGCCCAGCGGCGGGAUCGAACGACGGCAGUGUACGCGCAGGCUCUCCCCGCGCGGCGUCCAUGCGCAGCAAGAAGUCUAAUAAGUCACACGCGAAGACGAAUGGAACUGUGGAUGGCAUCAUGAAGCACAAGAAGGACUUCGACGAGUUCCAUAGCGCGAACGGCGUGCGGACGAUCAUGGGCAGUAUAGGGCCGGUGGACGAUGUCCGGAUGCUUCUGAAAUCUGGGUACAGGCACGUCUACAUCUCGCGCAAGUUCGCGAUGCGACAUGGAUUCAUCCCCGAGGAUGCCGCACCGGGACACUACGGCUAUGGCGGAUUGGUCAACCUCGGCAAAUGGCCCAUUACGGUCGGAAAGACAAAGACGACGCAUACCGUGUACCUUUCAGAGGAAAACCACUUCGACGUCGUCCUCGGCCGCGCGUUCCACGAAAAGAGGAUUAUCAAGUUGAACCCUGUCGAUCCUACCGACAUUAUCUGUUUAGAUACCGGAGAGAAGUUGGACUGCGAGCUCGUCAUUCUCAAGGAUGGCAAAGGCGAGAUCGUUACGGUCACAUAG